UCUUUUGACCACUAGAUGACUCGAUAUAUAGCAGACGAAAAUCUCUGAGGAAAUUCGAAAGCGUUCGCGUUUCGCGAUAAAAUUUGUCCCCUAUAAUUUCGAUUUUAAUAGUUUUUGUAGUUGUCUUUGUGCAACAAAUGUCCGAUUUCUAAGCGUUGGAAAGAAAUAAAAAAACAUCCUAAUAUGGCUACGAUGAAUCUAAAUCAGUAUUUACGCGAGAUACAAUCCUCGUGGGAAUCUAGAAGUGGAACAGAGGUUUCGGAAUUUCUGUCAUUCAAUCACCCCCAUGUUAUGAGCACAAAACUUACAGCUGAAGGAUUCGAGAAGUCUGUUGAACGGCUUGUAGAAUCCCCCCUUGAUGAGCUUGUUAUUCUGCACCUCAGGUGUUUAAACUGUGUUAAUCAGCAAAAAUAUUUAGAAGCGUAUUCUGAACAAAGUGCUCUGGUACAGGCUUUUACAAAGCUGUUCCAAACACAGAAGGAAGAUAAUUGGGCACUAUUUAUAAUGUAUGUUAUAAGUUUAGAUUUACGUAUGUUUGCCAUCAAAGCAGACAAAGAGUUGGCCAAAAAGGGGGCAGAUAAACCUGGACAAACACUUGAAAAAGCUGCAGAAUGUCUUAUGGGACUUUUUAGAGUGUGUGCUGCAGAUAAUCGGUCUUCUGAUGAAGACACGAAGCGCUGGGGAAUGUUAUAUUUAGUCAAUCAAUUGUUUAAAAUCUACUUCAGAAUAAACAAAUUGCAUCUAUGUAAGGCACUUAUCCGAGCGAUUGAUGCGUCUCAGUUCAAGGACCAUUUUUCGCUUAGCCAACAAGUCACUUAUCGAUAUUACGUUGGAAGGAAGGCCAUAUUUGAAAGUGAUUUUAAAAGCGCUGAAAAAUUUUUAACCUACGCAUUUGAGCGGUGCCACAGGGAAUGCCGCAAUAACAAACGAUUAAUUUUAAUCUACCUUAUUCCCGUCAAAAUGCUGUUGGGGCACCUUCCAACUCCCCAUUUACUGAGAAAGUAUGACCUCCUUCAGUUCAGCGAAGUGGUACAAGCGGUGAGAGAGGGCAAUCUCCGGAGACUCAAUAAUGCUCUUCUUCAGCAUGAUGCAUUCUUUAUUCGCUGCGGAGUUUAUCUGAUCCUUGAAAAGUUAAAAGUCACAACGUACAGGAACUUGUUUAAAAAAGUAACGUUGCUGAUGAAAACUCAUCAGAUCCCAAUUGAAGCCUAUUUGGAGGCUUUAAAAUUCAUGGGAGUAGAAGACAUCGACUUGGACGAGACACAAUGUAUCAUCGCUAACCUCAUCUUUGAGAACAAAAUUAAGGGGUAUAUUUCCAACAGCCAUAACAAGUUGGUAAUCAGUAAACAGAAUCCAUUUCCACCAUUGGCUGCAAUAAUGAAGGUGUGCCGAGGCAAGGAAAUUUCGGUUUCUAGUUUUAACCUGUUCACUCUGGGAUGUGUUGACAGGCCCAAUCCUGCCGCUUCACAGGCCUCUGGGAAUUUCGCUGGGGAAGCCGUAGCAAGACAAACGAGUACCUGUUUUUCGCUGAAAAAUAAUGAAGUAGACCGGAAAGAGCUCAUUAACCGUAUCAAGAACGAGUUCUUAACCAAACUUGCUACCAUAUGAAGUUUGUUUACUUCUUUCAUAUACCUCAGGUAAACCGUAAAAAAUUCUGUCACCCUCGAUCGAUCACAAUCGUCAAAUCUUUUCUAGAAGCAAGGUGCGUUUUCCUUGUUGCAUAGAACCCCUUUAAGCUCUCAAGGUCGUUCAACCGUUGGUCCACACAUCAUAUAUUAUAGUUUUGUCAUUUCCGUUUAUAACACAUUUCGAUGCAAAUUGGCCUCCAAAGAAAAAAAUGCAUUGUAUUAUUUAAAAAUACUCUUAAAUAUGAACACUUUUUAUUCCAGUGAGCAACCUGGAUUUUUACAACGUUAUCAGAUAAUAAAACAUCUCAUUAAACCGAAAAAUAAAAUUGUAGGAUUUUUACGA